UUUUGCUAAGCAUUAAGCAACAAGCAACAAGCAACAAGCAACAAAUAAAGCAUCUCUCUCUUUCUCUCUCUCAUAUCCUAGAUCCCGUUAGCUUUCUAGUAGCUAGCACCACACGACAAUGGCAAUUAUAGCAGCCUCUGCCAUCUCCCUUCUCUUCGUUGCUCUCAAUCUAUGCCUUAGAGGCACAUUUGCUGACUAUGGUGGAGGAUGGCAAGGUGGCCAUGCCACAUUUUAUGGUGGUGGAGAUGCAUCCGGCACAAUGGGUGGUGCUUGUGGCUAUGGAAACUUGUAUAGCCAAGGAUAUGGGACUAACACUGCAGCACUCAGCACUGCUCUAUUCAACAAUGGCUUGAGCUGCGGGUCUUGCUAUGAGAUGAGGUGUAACGGUGACCCCAAAUGGUGCCUCCCCGGCGCCAUCACCGUCACCGCCACGAACUUCUGCCCACCUAACUUUGCCUUGUCUAAUGACAAUGGUGGCUGGUGCAACCCUCCCCUCCAACACUUUGAUCUUGCUGAGCCUGCUUUCCUUCAAAUUGCUCAAUACAGAGCCGGAAUUGUCCCCGUUUCUUUCAGGAGAGUCCCCUGUGUCAAGAAAGGAGGAAUAAGGUUUACAGUUAAUGGACACUCAUACUUCAACUUGGUUCUGAUUACAAAUGUGGGCGGAGCCGGAGACGUUCACUCGGUGUCUAUCAAGGGAUCGAAGACAGGGUGGCAAACCAUGUCAAGGAACUGGGGCCAGAACUGGCAGAGCAACUCAUACCUCAAUGGCCAGAGCCUCUCCUUCCAAGUCACAGCCAGUGAUGGCAGAACAAUCACUAGCUACAAUGUUGCUCCUUCCAAUUGGCAAUUUGGACAAACAUUUGAGGGGUCACAAUUUUAGAAACCCCCCAAUUCAAACUUUGUUUGUGCAUGUAAUAUAGUAUUGCCAUUUGCUUUUUGCUUGUUGGAGUUGGGAGAGUGUGGGAGUUAAAAGAAAAGGAGAGGUAGAAUUAGGAGGGAGGAGUUAAAAGUUAAAAAGUAAAAAGGCCAACAUGGUCUUUAUGCUGUGGUGGCUAUAUGGCACCCGCUAGGCCUAAAUAUAUAUAAUAUAUAGUUGUUUUUGUGUCACGGGAUAUAUGAAUAUCUCAUUGUCAUUGAUCAUCAUCCCCUAGUUGUUAUGUUAUAGGUGAUGGUGAUCCCAAAUUCUCAAUAGCUUUGUAUAUUUGAUCCCCAAAUGGUAGAAAAACUAAGUUGGGGGCGAUUUGAUUCAAUAUCAUGCUGCUUUUUUAUUUGCAA